GAUAAAAAAAACAGGCUGUAAUUUAACUAGUUUAACUGAAAACUACGGCUGUAUGGGCUUAGACUCUUUAGCCUUUCCUGUAAGGAAUAAUAAGGAUAAAAAAACUUUAUAAUUUUGUCCUGUCACAUUUUAAUAUUUAUUUAAAAAUAAUAAGAAAGUUUAAUGUUAUCCCUUAAAACUUCAUUUCACUUGUAAUUUUUCAUACCAUCACCAUCAAAAGCAGUAUGUCACACGGACAUUGUCACGAUCACGACCAUGAUCAUAGUAAUUCCGAAGAUAUCGGUAUUAACUAUAAUUUAUAUGAAAAAAUAGACAAAGAAAAUUUGCAGUGUUUAAAUGAAACUGUAGAUGGUUCUGGGAAAACCGUAUUUAAAUCAUGGGAGAGGAGACUUGAUUUAACAGAGUUUGUUGAGAGUGAUGCAGAUGAAGAGUUAUUAUUUAACAUACCAUUCACAGGAAAUGUGAAACUCAAAGGCAUAAGAAUAGCAUCAGAAGAUAACGAAUCGCAUCCUGAUAAACUACGAUUAUAUAAAAAUAAACCAAAUAUGACAUUUGACGAUGUGUCUAUGGAACCUGAUCAAGUGUUUGAUCUUCAAAAAGAUUGUGAGGGACUUCUAGAGUAUAAUCCUAAGAUUGUUACAUUUUCUUCAGUAAGUCAUUUAACUAUGCACUUUCCUAGUAAUUAUGGUGCAGAAAAUACAAAGAUAUAUUAUAUAGGAUUGAAGGGGGAAUGGUCUCCGGGUCACAAGCAUGGUGUCACUAUUUGUACAUACGAAGCCAGACCAAAUCUUGAUGAUCAUAAGUUAAAACAUCUCGAUUCGAUUACCAAAAGUAUAGAUUAAAAUAUCACAAAUAAUAGUAAUAAAAUCAUAAUA